AUGAGUGCGCCAACAGCAUUGAAAAGAGUAGAGGAACCACGAGAGGUGCAACCACAAGAGAACGAAGUUGAAAAUGAUGAGGAAAUGCUUAUUGAUACAGAAAAUGUCCCCUCUGAGGGACUACAACAAAGUAAAGCCGAUUCACACAAUGUUGAACUUGAUGAACUGGGGAAACCCAAGUUUUCAGGAGAAGCUCAAUCCAGUAUGAAGGUCAAGUUGGAAAGUAGGAAAGUACCAGUUCCGCCUCAUCGUAUGACACCAUUGAAGAAUGUAUGGACCAAGAUAUACCCUCCCUUGGUGGACCAUUUGAAACUACAGGUUAGAAUGAAUCUCAAGACCAAAACUGUCGAAUUAAGGACUAAUAAGGCUACUACAGAUGCAGGUGCAUUACAAAAAGGGGCCGAUUUCGUAAAAGCAUUCACAUUAGGAUUUGAUGUUGACGACGCUAUAGCGUUGUUGAGAUUAGAUGACUUGUACAUUGAGACAUUUGAGAUCAAAGAUGUCAAAACUUUAACCGGUGAUCAUUUGAGUAGAGCGAUUGGUCGUAUUGCUGGUAAAGAUGGUAAGACAAAAUUUGCAAUUGAAAAUGCCACCCGGACUAGGAUAGUAUUGGCAGAUUCUAAAAUACAUAUAUUGGGAGGUUUCACGCAUAUUAGAAUGGCUAGGGAAGCCGUUGUAUCUUUGAUUUUGGGUUCGCCGCCAGGUAAAGUUUAUGGAAAUUUGAGAACGGUUGCAAGUAGGAUGAAGGAGAGGUAUUAG